AUGACGCAGGGUCCGGGCGGGCGCACGCCCCCCGCACCCCCUGCGCCCCCGGAGCCCGAGGCGCCCACCACCUUCUGCGCGCUGCUGCCGCGCAUGCCGCAGUGGAAGUUCGCCGCCCCCGCGGGCUUCCUGGGCCGGGGCCCGGCUGCACCGCGCACAACCGGGGGCGCGGGGGCCGCCGACUCCCAGCCCGAGCCGGCCGGCCCGGCUGGCGUCCCAGCGCUGGCGGCGGCGGUCCUGGGCGCCUGCGAGCCGCGCUGCGCCGCACCUUGCCCGCUGCCCGCGCUCAGCCGCUGCCGGGCCUCCGGGGCCCGGGGACCGCGGGGCGCGCGGGGGGUGGCCGGGCCCCCGGACGCCGCCGCCGACGAGUGGAUCCGCAAAGGCAGCUUCAUCCACAAGCCGGCGCACGGCUGGUUACACCCAGACGCCAGGGUCCUGGGGCCCGGGGUCUCCUACAUCGUGCGGUACAUGGGCUGCAUUGAAGUCCUCCGCUCCAUGCGCUCUCUGGAUUUUAACACCCGCACCCAGGUGACCAGGGAAGCCAUCAACCGGCUUCAUGAGGCAGUGCCUGGUGUCCGGGGCUCCUGGAAGAAGAAGGCCCCCAACAAAGCGCUGGCCUCCAUCCUGGGCAAGAGCAACCUGCGCUUUGCGGGCAUGAGUAUCGCUGUGAGCAUCUCCACCGAUGGUCUCAACCUCUCUGUGCCCGCCACACGCCAGAUCAUUGCCAACCACCACAUGCAGUCCAUCUCCUUCGCGUCAGGUGGCGACACGGACAUGACGGAUUAUGUGGCCUAUGUAGCCAAGGAUCCCAUCAACCAGAGAGCCUGCCACAUCCUGGAGUGCUGUGAGGGCCUCGCCCAGAGCAUCAUCAGCACCGUGGGCCAAGCCUUCGAGCUGCGCUUCAAACAGUACCUGCACAGCCCCCCCAGGGUGGUUGUGCCCCCAGAAAGGCUGACCAGGCCAGAGCAGUCGGCCUGGGGGGACGAGGAGGAAACGGAACACAAUUACUACAACAGCAUCCCAGGGAAGGAGCCGCCCCUGGGUGGGCUGGUGGACUCCAGGCUCACCCUAACUCAGCCCUGUGCCCUCGGGGCCCUCGGAGCCCUCGGCCAGGGGCUAUCUCCUGCUCGAAGGGACGCGCACAGCCUGCCGUGGGACCUGGGCCCCUCCGGUACCGGCCCACCGGGGGACGGCUACGUGCAGGCCGAUGCCAGGGGCCCUAGCGACUAUGAGGACCACCUGUACGUCAACACACAGGGUCUGGAAGCCCCAGAGGCCCUCCAGCCAGAGGACAGUCCCAAGAAGGAUCUGUUUGACAUGCGACCCUUCGAGGAUGCUCUCAAGCUGCACGAGUGCUCUGUGGGGACGGGCACGGCGGCAGCGCCCCUUCCCUUGGAAGACCAGUGGCCCAGCCCCCCGACCCGCCGGGCCCCCAUCGCCCCCACGGAGGAGCAGCUGCGGCAGGAGCCCUGGUACCACGGCCAGAUGAGCCGAAGGGCGGCGGAGAAGCUGCUUCGAGCCGACGGGGACUUCCUGGUGCGCGACAGCGUCACCAACCCUGGGCAGUACGUCCUCACGGGCAUGCACGCGGGGCAGCCCAAGCACCUGCUGCUCGUGGACCCCGAGGGCGUGGUGCGGACCAAGGAUGUGCUCUUUGAGAGCAUCAGCCAUCUGAUCGACUACCACCUGCAGAACGGGCAGCCCAUCGUGGCUGCCGAAAGCGAGCUGCAUCUGCGCGGUGUGGUCAAACGUGAGCCCUGA